CAUAUGGAUCAAACGCUCACGUUAGCGUCCAAAGUCGGGGGGUUCUGAAAAGUAGGUACUUUCCAUUUGUCUUUAAUUCCGUGGUGGCUGCAAUAUGUACUCGGAUAACUCAGACAGUGAUACAGAAAGUGUGACAAGUCAAGCGAGCAGCAAUGCUGGCGGAAACAAGAAAGGGCGGGGGCGAAGAAAGCCUAAUUCCCAGGGAAACAGGCCCAAGACACAGAGUGCUUCACGUCAGAGCCCCGUUAAAGACUUCAUUCUUCAAAGGGGAGGAACCGUAAGUCUUGGUGAGCUCCUACAGCAAAGUUUCUACCCAGAAACAGAGGAGAACGACGUGGAAGAAUGGCUACGGGACGAGCCAGGGAGGUACCUGGUAAAAAGAAACAUAAAGGGCAAAGUUCAAACCGUGACAGCCAUUGUUAAGGUGAGGCUGUGUUACGAUUUUACCCACAGCAAGUGCAAAUUCGGCAAUGGGUGUACAAACGUGCACAUCUGUAAGGAUUACUUGGAAGGCAACUGCUGCAACAGUGGUGGAACAUGCCAAUUUCCUCACAACUUUCAAAGCGAGCAAAAUAAGAAGGUUGUUAAAGGGAUGGGACUAGACGGACUCUUAGAUGAUAAGAUAGUGAAGGUGAUCAGAGGGUCACUGCCAAAGAUCUGCAAGUUUUACAACUUGGCCAAUGGCUGCAGGGAUAACACUCUGUGUACCAAUCUCCACAUCUGUAACAACUACAUCCAGGAGAGCUGCAAGGGCGAUUGCAAGCUGUCUCAUAAUUUUGCUGAUCCCCACAAUGACAGAGUGCUACAGAAACAUUUCAUGAUCUCCAAGAUGCCUGAACACAUCCUAAAGUACAGCACAAUGCUAGUAUUGUUUGCUACUAAGAGAUCCGAAGCUGCAGUACCAGUGAGCAGAGGUAGGGGGCGAGGUCGUGGCCGUGGAGGAAGGGGUGCUGCGAACCGUGCCAGGUCUACAGAAAACUUGUCACUCGGUUCUACUGGUGCAAGUUCACAGCACUGCAGCACAGAGAGUCUGGAGAAGGCAGGAAGGAAGGCAGGUGGGCGAGGGAGAAGUAGUAGUGGAAGAGGCGGGAGAGUCAACUUUGGAAGGAGGACGUCUGAAGAAGGGAAUCUGGCUACAGAAGUGGAACCAACAUCCAUCAAACCUCCUUCAGAAACCUAUGUCUUUAAAUCGAUAUGCUGCCAGUACAAUGGAAAGGUACUGUUUGACAGCAUUUGGAUCAAUGAGUUUUCUCCUCUUGGGUUAGACCAGACUCAGACAACAUCCUGGUUUCGCAAGCGUCCAAAUAAGUUCCAGAUCUACGAGACGGCAGAUGGAAACCUGGAGGUGUCUGUCAUCCUUCCAAAAGCACGUCUUUGCUUUGGUCACACCAUGAAAUCCGGAUGUCAGAAGGGAGACCAGUGUCAAUUCUUCCACGUCUGUCGCAACCUUAUCCAGGGAUCCUGCAAACAUGGGUCCAACUGCAAAUUUGUCCACGAUUUGCAGAGUGAACAAGCAAGAAGAGUUGUCCAUGAACUUCAACUUGACUGCCUGACAGAUGACCAAAUCAUCAACGUCAUCCGCAACUCGACACCUAGAGUGUGUGAGGCGUACAACUCCCACAGCUGCCUUAAAGCAGACCGCUGCCGCGAUGUCCACGUUUGUGCGGAGUUUGUCACAGGCCGUUGCGCUGAAGAUACAUGUGAUCUGAACCACGAGAGCUGCUUCGACACUCCCCAAACGUGUAAACUCUUGUCCGAGUUCCGUAUGGCCAACACAGACCAGCGAGUGGUCAUCAAAACGUUACUGAUUCCUCCAACAACAGCAGUUAGGCCUCGACCGUCUGUGCCAAAGAACUUACAAGCUACAUCCACGAAGUACCCUGUAGCCAGGCCUGCUACAACCUCAACACCACAACCAAACAUAUCCCAGGUGGUGAAACCUAAGGUUACGUCAACACCUACAACUCUACAACCAAACAUAUCCCAGGUGGUGAAACCCAACGUUACUUCACCACCCGCAACACUACAACCAAAUACACCCCCACCAGCCCAAGUGAUGCAACCCAAAGCCAAGGCUCCAGAUCCAAAUGAAGAGCGCAUCUUGGAUGGCGAUACGACCAUCUGUGAAGACUUCCUCGCAGGACGGUGUCUCAAGUCUCGACUGUGUGGCCAUCAUCACAUUAAGACGCCUUACUUGUGGCAGUACCAAGACUCAAAGAAUGAAUCCAGAUCUCAAGGUAGAGUGUGGACAAGUUUCAGUCCUGAAGUUACGACAAAGAUGGAAGAGGUCUUUUCCAAACCAUCUAACAUCACCUUUAAUCUCCUGGACAUUGAAACACGUCUCAAUGGCUGGACAGUUCACUUUGACAGGAUGGAGUUAGAAAUCUCUGACUCCUACCCGAGUAAACGUGUUAGAAUCCGUCGCCUCUCAACACCAUCUUCUGUGGAGUCCACCAGUGGGGAGUGGGCAACAACAUGGAUGUGGUACUAUGAGGGAAAUGGUUCCUCCUGGUGCGAGUAUGGCAAAAGUGUCAAGCCUGGGACAACAGCCUUCAUUACGUCUGAUGACAUAGAACAAGCGUACAUCACAAAACAGCCCAGCUACAAGUUCCAAACCAAUGAGUACCCCUACACCCUAGACUUCACAGGGAUGUACCAACAGAACUUGGACACUCGUUACUCCACCAAGAGAAAUGUGCGACGACGUCCCAAAUUUGUCCAGUUUCAUUCGGCAAGCAACACAAGAACAAACCUUGCAGCCAGCCAGCCCUCUUCUGUGACAAGAGGAUCACUUCCCACAACAUGGGUGCCGAUGUCACAGAAGGAAGCCUUCAUACGAGUGAAGCUGGCACCAACAGAUGCAGAGUUCAGAGAGGUGGAGAAUCUCUUCAGACAGACAAUGAGGGAAGACAAGAUCAUUCUUGAAGUCGAGAGAGUGCAGAAUCCUCGUCUCUGGGAAAAAUACUCCAUGAACAAACAACAGAUGAUUCAAAAGUCCAUGGAAACUCGAUAUGGAAGGACAAGAACCCACAAUGGUAAUCCAUAUGAAAGGAAGCUGUUCCAUGGCACAGACCCAGACAUCAUCAAGGGCAUCUGCCACCAGAACUUUGACCACCGUCUCAGCGGGAAGAAUGCCACCCUGUACGGAAAAGGGUCCUACUUCGCAAAAGAUGCUUCUUACAGCCACGUGUACUCACAAGCUUCAUCCGACGGGACACGCUACAUGUUCCUAGCCGACGUGUUGGUUGGUAUGUACACCAGGGGAAAACCAGACAUCCCCCGCCCCCCUCCCAUCAAUCCAAGCGACCCCAAUGGCGACCUCUACGACUCGUGUGUGGAUAACGAGACUAACCCCACAAUUUUCGUUGUGUUCAAAGACGACCAGUGCUAUCCUGCGUACCUGAUCAACUAUGCUGACCAGAUUGACCUAACUGCUUUUGACAUGUUGGAUUCAUUAGCAGGUUACCCUGGGUCAAACUACUCAUCUGCCAGUUCUUCUACUUACUCAACACAUGGUUACAGGCAAGGAACAUCUACUACAAGUACACCUACUCGACAAUCUUCUUACUCAGCACACGGUAGGCAAGCAACGUCCACCAGUACACCUACUCGACAGUCUUCUUACUCAGGCUAUGGCAGGCAAGGAUCAGCCCAACCAUCAUCAGCCACAAGUUCACCUACACGACAGUCCGCUUCUUCAACUUCCUACCCAUCAUCGUAUGGCGUACAAAGUCCGUCAUCACGGUACACCAGUUCAACUUCCUACCGCUUCUCAAUGGGAAACACGCCAACGCGCCCGGCCUCUCAACAGUCCAGUUCAUCCUCAGGGUCUGAAAACAAGACAAGCUGUACUAUACAGUGAUGGAAUGAUAAUAGAAGGAUGGCUACUGGCAAUACAGCAGUUUAUUGUAUGCAAUAUUACAAUUGUAGUCACUCAAAUUAUUCGGAACAUGCAUGUAGUCAUGCAAGUGCUGUUGAGGUAACUGCUGAAUCUUAUGUGUAUGAACAAAAUAAAAUAUAUAGUUUAUAGGCAAUGUACAUGCCAGAGGAAACAAUCAUUGUUGAGAUGCCAUUUAUUCUCAUGAUCAGCAUAAUGCAGAUUUUUUGUGUAAAAAUGUUGAUUGUAAUUUGGCAUCAGCUAUCGAGAGCAUGGAGUUGAAGUGUUGGGAAUUAAUUACAGCAGAAUUUGCAAAGUUAACAUAAUUUUGUUUCAUGCACUUAUAGUUAUAUUAGCAUAAUUAUGUAAAUGAAAUGCCUAACAAUGAAGGAAGAUUGACAAAGGAUGAGAAUUAGGAAGUAACAUUAAAUGCAUCAAUUGUUGAAAAAGCGAUUGUCAAAAACUAAGCUUCUUUAUGUAGAAGUGGGUUGUGGGUUGUCUUCACUUUAGUUCUAGUUCACAGUGAUCUGUGUCCUGGUAUUAACAAAGUAUAACUAGUCGGUAUAUAUCUACACAGCCGAUUUAAAAUACCAGAAUUGCUAAUAAAAGGUUUUAUCGCAUAUGUAUAAGCAGAUUGAUCAUAUAUAAUGUCUGAUAUGACAAGCAGAAAUCAGAAUAUUUCAUUUCUUUCAUCAGGAUACUCUAAUACUAGUAACAAUUUGAAAUUUAUGUACUACAUGUACUAGAGUUCUACGAUCUCAUACAUUUGCCAAAUAAAGUUAAUAUUUACAAUUAUGAUCAAUAAAUCAAGAGCUACCUUAUGA